UAUCUAAGAUUGCGCAGAGGGCUCCCAGGAGAGCUAGGACAGGAACCCAGAGGUCCUGCGGGCCACUGCAUUGCUGCUGCUGCGGCCCCCAGGCUGGGCCGAACUCCCAGAGAAGCGAGUGGAAAACAACCUGCCUCCAGAUGGACAAUUAACAAAGGCGGGAGUCGGGGCCGCCCUCUCGCGGCGCACGCACAUACGCAGCGUGGGCAGAUUGGUGUCUGCCUGCGCCCUUCGUGGGAACAGCGCGCACAAGCUCCCGCGCGGCGGCCGUGUCCGGGACCCCCGCGCCCCUCCAGCCCUGGCUGCGCAGUUACCGGGGCGGCCGAGCUCCCCGCGGGAGCCGGCACCUUGCGCGCAGCGCGUUGUUUUUAAAUGAGAAGAAAGAGAAGGACAUACAUGGGAACCUGGACACCACCAGCAAUGGUGUGCACUUGCCUAGUGAUGGAGGUUCAGCUGAGUUUCUGCCAGGGUACAGGAGUUAACUUGGCAGUUGGCUCACAUCCCUCUUGGAUCAGAGUCUUGCUGUGACAAAUAAGAAACCCAUGAUGUCCAAAGAAGAUAUAUUGAUGGCAAAUAAGCUCUUGAGAAGAUACUCAAGAUCAUUAUCACUGGGGAAAUGCACAUUAAAACCACAAGCAGAACCUGCUGACAUGACUGAUCAUGGGGAUGAUGAGCCAUCCUCCAGUACAGGGAGUCCGAACGGGGAAGGUCGGGUCUCUGAGGACAAAUCCUUGCUUCAUCAAAAGCUGGCAGUCAGGGAACUCAUCGACACCGAGGUCUCCUACUUGCACAUGCUCCAGCUCUGUGCCUCAGACAUCAGGAGCCACCUGCAGCAGCUGCCACAGGGAGAUCUGGAUGUCCUGUUCUCAAACAUUGAUGAUAUCAUCAAGGUGAACAGCAGAUUGCUUCAUGAUCUGCAGGAAACAGCCUCCAGGGAAGAGGAACAAGUGCAGCUGAUUGGUAACUUAUUCCUGGAAUUCCAAGAGGACCUGGAGCAAGUCUAUAAGGUCUACUGUGCCAACUAUGAACAGGCCUUGCUGCUGGUGGAGACCUACCGGAAGGAGCCGGAGCUGCAGCAGGAGAUCCAGAGUGUCAUUGAGGCGGUGCUGCCGCAAGCUGGAUCCUCAGGCCUCAGUUUUUUGCUGGUAAUCCCUUUUCAGAGGAUUACCAAAUACCCAUUGCUGCUGCAGAAAAUUCUGGAGAACACACUUCCUGAUGCCAGUGCCUAUGCUGUCCUUCAGAGGGCUACCUCUGCCCUCCAGGACGUGAUCACCAACAUCAAUGAGUACAAGAGGCGCAAAGAAGUGGCCUCCAAGUACACCAAGGUGGAGCAGCUGAGCCUCCGGGAGCGACUGGCGCGCAUCAACACACACACCCUCUCCAAGAAGACCACCCGGCUGAGCCAGCUGCUGAAGCAGGAGGCAGGGCUUGUAUCCAAGACAGAAGACAAGGAAUUUGAUGACUUAGAAGAGAGGUUCCACUGGGUGUCGCUCUGUGUGACUGAGCUGAAGAACAACGUGGCUGCUUACCUAGAUAACCUGGAGGCUUUCCUCCGCUUCCGGCCUCAGGAAUAUGAUUUGGACAUUCCUGGGGCCCCCGUGGUGCAGUACCGUUACCUGGCAAGAGACCUGCAGCUCCAGGCCUUCCCCGAGUUUAAGCAGCGUCUGGAAGGUCUGGUGUGGCAGCCACUAUGCAGCCUGACCAAAACCCUGGCUGGCCCUCAGAACCUGAUCAAGAAGCGCCUGGACAAACUACUGGACUUUGAGAGGGUGGAAGAGAAGCUGCUGGAGGUGGGCAGCAUGACCUACGAGGAGGAGAUGGCCCGGCACACGUACCAGGCCCUCAACUCCCUGCUGGUGGCCGAGCUCCCACAGUUUAACCAGCUGGCCAUGCAGUGGCUGGGCCAGAUCCUGUGCACAUUCGUGACCCUCCAGAGGGACCUUGCAGAGCAAGUGCUACAGAGGGCAGAGGGCACCUUGGCCCAGCUGCCCCACCACCACAUGGCUGAGCCAGCCUUCAGGAAGCUGGUGGAGGAUGCACUGGGCCAGGCUGGUCACCAGCUUCGUUCCUUUCAAGAGAACUUCGAGAAGGUGCUGCCACCUCCUACCGCACAACCACUCCUUCCCGGGGCUGAACGCCAAGUGCAGGCUCUCCUGAGCAAGUAUGGUCUGGGAAAGCUGUACCAGGUGACAAGCAACAUCAGUGGGGCUGGGGCUCUGGACCUGACACUGCCUCGGGGUCACAUCGUGGCCCUCCUUCAAAACAAGGACACCAAAGGCAACAGUGGCCGUUGGCUGGUGGACACCGGAGGACAUCGAGGGUACGUGCCAGCUGGGAAACUGGAGCUGUACCGUGUGGUCCCCAGUGAGGAAGACCUCAGAGGGCAAACAAGUCCUCACGAGAACUCCCGACAUCUGACACCAGAGCCCACCCCAGCCCCAGUCCCCUCUGUCCCAACCAUGACCCAGGUGGUGGCAGUGUAUCCCUUUGCGGCCAGAAGCAGCCAUGAAGUGAGUCUACAGGCAGGCCAGCGGGUGACUGUCCUGGAGGCCCAGGACAAGAAGGGGAACCCAGAAUGGAGCCUUGUGGAAGUGAACGGACAGAGGGGCUAUGUGCCUUCCAGCUUCCUUGCCAGGGCCCCAAGCCCAGCUCCGUGGGGCUGGAGUCUGCCCUCUUAGGGUUCCCUCCUUGGAGCCCAUGUUCCAAGAGGCUUAGAGGCUUUGACCCCAAAAGGGUAAAGCAAAGAGAAGGCAGAGGUUUAAGGAGAGAUCAAGCCAUGGUGGGGUGAAGGGCACCCAGAAAGCAGCCAGAAGAGGUGGGUGGGCCUUACAGAGUGCCUGGCGUGGGCAUGAAGUGCUCCCAUCAGGACAGCUCAUUAUGUCUGUAUGAAGAGGGUGUUCCAACCUGGAGUCACAGCACCCUGGAUGGCAGGUCACAGCCGAUCAGCUAGGACUUGCUAUAGCCUAUGGCCAGUCUUACCUGUGCCCAUAUCUGGGCCUGCCCACAGGAGUGGGUCAUCCAGGUGAACGUAACCUGUAUGCUGUAUGGUUACAGGGAGGGGCCCUGGAGAGUCCAGAACUGCCUGGCCUGACAGUAUACUUCCUACCUGUGGUACCAGGAGAUACCUGAGCUUUUAUUUUUCCAUGCUGGGACCUGAGCUAUCAUGGGCAGUAAACCCCUGACAACCCUCUCUAGUUGGGAUCGAGGGCUUGUUGGGCAGUUGAGGGGCUCUCAGGAGGCUCUUGGCUGGGCCAGGGAGUGGGUGUGAGCAAGUCACAGCUCUGGAACGUGUGUAGGCAAAUGCAGAGGCUGCUCCAAGGAAGAGGGAAUUUUCCAGGUGUGUCAGAUGGGAUGCACACUGCUGCUGGGUUCUCUGGACUAGGGGACAAGGGGGCAUGCAAAUCACAGAGGAAACUCUGUGAAGCAGGUAAUUAAAGGCCUGGUGGGUGGGUAAUGACUUGGUUUCCUGUUUCUGGAAGAAGGGGAGGCCAGGGGAACCCCCGGUGGUUUCAGGAGGCUGCUGAGGGCCUUGAGGCAACAGUGGAGGUGAUGUUAGUUGGCUGCAGGACCUCAGACAUAGGGCGCAACCUCAGUUUUCCCAUCCAUAAAGUUCGUACUCACAGGCUUGUGGUGAGAAUGCCAUCAUGCAAAGGAUGUGGAAGCUCCUUGCAAAUCGUGAAGUGUGAUAUAAAUGUAAAUUGCCAGGGGUAGCAGGAUGUGCCAGAAGUGGUCAGGAUGUCCCCAGCCAUCAGCUGACCACUCCCCAUGCCCAUGGCCAAGGCCAACAUUGUUAAUCAAUGUGGUAUCCUUUCCCAUAAACCAAGGAUCUCUCUCAGUGCUGCAUGCUAGGUCACCAGACUCUUGAACUUCGUGAGGUCAAACUUACUGUCAUCCUUUCUAGAACCUAGAAAGCAAAGCCCCUCAAAACAGUUCUUUUUCAAGGAAGACUGACCCAGUGGGGAAUAUUUGAGUGCAGCCACUGUUGGAUCAUUAUCUUUAGGUUUUCGCUUUGGGCUCAGAUAAAUUGCAGGAUUCAUAGUAGAGGGAAAAGUUGUCCAGUGUGACUUUAAAAACCAAUUACAAAUGUCGGAACCAAUCCAAGUUAGAGUACAUGUGAAAACAGGUGGCAAUUUAGAUUUAAUUCCAAGAACAUCUCUGUAUUAUUAUAACUGUAGUGCCUAAAACUGUUAGCUCUGGUUUUUGGAGAGCCUUUAAGAAGUGUAUACAUGUCUGUGUCAGACAGUCUGUAACUUACCUCCUCUGGGCUUGUGAAAGCGUGAAGGCUGCAUACAUAAUGCAGGAGAAACUCAGUCCCCACAAUCCCUCUCCCAGGACCAAAUUCACUCUCUAAAAUGCUCGUGACUCAUUUUCCUUUGUCUUUCCUGCUCAGAUUUCUGAUAACAAAUAGGAAACACAGGGGAGCAGAUAAUAAAAUAGGAAGUCCAGCCAUGGUUCCACAAUACUUACGAGAGCCUCCUGUGUGCUAGUACCCUAGCUUGGGGUCUUCUCAACGUGGCUGCCCACAGCAGUCACCAGGACAGCUUUCAACUAGGACUGAGGCCAGGAUCCCACCCAGAGAUGCUGUUAUAAUUGGUCUGAGGUGUGGCCCAGGCCUCAGGAGUUCAGAAAGCUCCCCGAGUAUUUCUAGUAUGUGGCCAGGGUUGGCGACCUCUGCCCUAGACACACAGUGGUGGGCAAGACAGACCUGGGGUCAGAAAUGGCCACAAGCUGUGAGCUAGGGUGUGCCCCAGCUGGUCUUUGUACUUGCUCACAUGUUUCAAACAGGCAGCUUGAGAGGUGGUUUGAAAUAGGACAGCCUGUCCUGUCAGGUCCCAGAAUGUAUACUUAUUAAGUGCCAUUAAAAGGGGCCUGAACAAAAUUGGAUGUUCUUGUAGGUAUAAGGGAGAAAACUGAAAUAACUUGGAACCAAAUCUAUCUCAUGAAGGGAAAAUAAAAAUGUAUUCAGUAGCACAUGGGUUAUGGUUUCUCAUACAUCAGGGGAUGAGAUUAAAAAUUACUGAAGGGUGAGAAAAUGCAUAUUGAGAAGAUGGAGAAUGGCCUGAAUUUUCUCCAGGGGACUCUGUGUAAUGUGCCUUUCUUUCCCCCCAAAUGCCUAGAACCAUUCCACUGUGUCUUAUUUAUUUCAAUGCUGGGCUGUCACAUAUUAGACUUGCUAAGGUGUUUGCCUGUGAAUUGAACAAGACUUUCAGGAACUGAAGACAGAUUCACAAGGGUGCCCCUUGCUCCCUGCAAUGGAGUGAGACUUCUUUAAUCUUUUGGGCCCCAGCCUAGUUUUAGACAUGAGGACAAGAUUACAAUAUCAAAGGAAAGAUGAGUGAAUUCUUGGUUAAUAUGUUAGACUCUAGCUUGGGGAGUAACUGAUAUGAACUACUGGGAAUAAAGGGCUUCAAAGAUGAAAA